AGAGAAUCUGACCCAAGAUAAAGUUGCGUUGGAAAAGCGUUUGAAUUUGCUGUCCAACUUGGCCAGUAUAGAUGAUUUUACGAAGAUAAUCAUUGAGGAAAUGUUAAAGGUCAUUGUUACUAAAGAUACGGAAGCAUUUAAAGUUGUAGAGGCUAUGAAUGAAUCAAUGUCCAAUGCUAGUCUAUAUUCUAAUGAGAAAUUAUCUGAAAUCGAGAGUGAUCAUGGUCUUAUUGAUUCUAUAUUAUCUUGGGUUACUUCAGAACUGCAUACAGGAUCACAGGAGGCCUUGUCGCACGGUUUUAUGUUAAUAGCUAAUACAGUGAGUAGUUUACAAGAAGAGAAGCAACAGAAAAUAUUGUCAAGGCACACAGAGAAUAUUCUGGAAAAGUUUAAAAGUGAUGAGGCCAAUUUUCACUUGGUACACUGCCUGUAUAGUUCUGUUCAUCAGAGUGUGUACAAUUCUAGUUUCGAGGACAUAAUGACGAUGGCUCUAACUCAAUCGUUAGAUAGUAACGAUGAUAUUAUUCGGACUAAAGCUUGUGUAAUAGUGGCACAUUUCUUGAAUAAGGCUGAGUAUGGUCAGAAGUUCGAACUUUUGUAUGAACUGUUGAAGAAUUUUCUUUCUAAGGGCAAUAGAGAGCAAGCUUUAUCAUCAAGACUAAUAGUUUUGUAUGGAUGGAUAACAAAGGCUUUAAUUAUGAGAGGAAAUGAACUGUUUACAUUUUGGCUGCAAAAGAUCAUGACCACUCUAUCAUCACCAGAAUUCAGUCAACACGGCUGCGAAGCUAUCCAACUGAUCAUGACUGACUACCCCGAUUACCUGAACAGAAAACAGCAUUGCAGAUCUGGUUUGUUAUACAAGCAAAGGUUUUACCAGAACUUCAAAUCACUAACCAGUACAGUCGGGCCAGUGGAGGAUGAGACAAAGCAAUAUUAUCUGCUGAGUUGGGCGUAUGUACUUGAAAAGGUGCCGAAGACUGUACUUAAUAGUGAUGUUGGACAG